GAGGCCGUUUGUCUUGGCCGUCCUCUGUAUGGUGUGAUUCAUAACAUCAUAAAACAAUUAUUCCUUUCGUAAACAUAACAAUCAUGUCUUUUGAAAAGGUUCUAUGAAUGCUUUACAGUGAUUCCCAAUAAGCACCGUUAACUGUAAACUUGCAAUGUCACAGUGAAAGUUCCUCUCCUUGAACAGGCUGUGGAGGUGUAUGAGGUCCCUGUGGCAUCAGCAGGACAAAGCUGCCAUGGGGGUGGGCACUCUAGUCAUGCAGCAAGCAGACGUGUCGGCUCUGUGCUUGCUGGAGACCCUGCUCGUCAGUCUCCCACAGACACUACUGCUCUCUUACAUCAUCUGCGGCACUGAGGAAGGCCUCUUGUCACCUGUGUCCCUCUCCUGUGGGCUCUGUCUGCUGUCUCUGUCCUGGGGGCUGGUCCUCUAUAGCCGGGCGUGCUCUCUGCUCCGGCCUGGUCAUGUGUCCAUGCCACCUGCUGCUAUCGUGUGCCAGCUGAUCUGGAGGGCCAGCAUGUUGGGGGCCAGAAUCACCAGCCUCGUCUACUUCACCAGGGUCUUCACCUGGUGGGUUUGUGGGGUCAUAGGUUUUCACUGGCUGAUUGCAUCCUUCUGGCUGGUCUCCCAGCAAACAGACAUCUGCAGAGGUACUGGGCUUUGGCGUCUCUUCAACUGCAUCAUGGGAGCCUUACACGUCUUCUUCUUCCUGAAUGUGAAGGAUGGCCCCAGCAGGUUCCGCAUGGCAGCCUUCUAUGUGGUCAUGUUGCUGGAGAAUUUUGCUCUGCUGCUGUCAGCCUCUGACAUAUUGUCUGAAGCAUCCUGGGGAAGCUUGUGCAUUCCCACUGCUGUUCUCUGCAGCUUCCUGAUAGGUGUCAUAUCUAUGACGGUUUACUACCGAUUCCUUCACCCCAAAUCCACUGAGAUCCUGCAGGGCCUUCACCGAAGCCAGUCUGCUCAGGCCAGCUCCUCUUUGGGAGAGAAGAGCGCAGCUGAACUCUCACUCCACAGACAUGGUACUUUCUCUAUUACAGGCUAUGCCCCGACUCUGGCGCAAACAGAAGAGUCAGAACUCAGCACAGAAAAGCCUAAUAUGAUUCCCAAACACCAUCACUGGUUCUUAAUCUGCCUUGCUGUCAAGACAGGAGACCGGAAUAAGGUAAACCUUGCCUAUGGUCCUGAAUGCUUGGCUGCUUUGCUGGAUGUAGAGGAAGGUCCAGAGUACCUCGAUGAGCCCCCAGACGCAGAGUCUGCAUCAAAACACGACAACGAAGAGCAGCUCUCGAAUAAAAGAGAGAGCCAGUAUGUCACUGUCAGUACGUCAGUGCACCAGAUGCAUCCUUCGGAAAACAACAGGGAGGCCACUGAGAAUGACCCAGAAAGUUCUGGUACUGGAACCAAACGGGGUUGUCCAGAGGGGAAGUCCAGUCUGGAGGAAAGCGUGGAGAUGGACUGUGACCUUGAUGACUCGGAUAGCACGCUGUACUUCAGCGCUGACCCCACCAGUCCUCACUGUGCCAACAACAUGCCUGUGGUCAAGGACACCAACCUGGAAGCCAUGGCACAGCUCUCUCCUGUACGCAACCAAGAACCAGUCCAGUGGGGAACCAAGGAGCUCCUAUCCAGAGAACCGUGCUUCACGUCCACUCCCAGACAUGAUCUUAAGCCUAAGGAACACAACAGACUCCAGCCAGCAACUUUCAGAAGGCAGGUCCAGUUUAAGUAGGAGUGUGACUUAGUAUAGUAUAUACAGAGUCUGCAUUAGGGACAAUUUCAUAUGAAUAAUCCGCACAGAAACUCAGUUUUUGUUAUAUGGUGUAGUUAUGUAGUUAUGUGUACAUGUAUGCAGUUACUAUAAAGAUUCCUUAAAGUACAUAAAUAUAAACAUAUCUGUUGAACCGGUGGGACAGUUUCCAUGGGAAAACACUAUUCAUAUUUGUGGUGUACAUGUACACAAUAAGAAGAUUCAUAAGAUGCCUGUACAGUUUAAAGAAAUACUGUGCAUUUGAAAUCCGAAAAAAAGAGCAUUUUGUGGUUAACAUUAACAUCCACACAGUGCUGUCCUGGGCGGAAUCUUCAUUGGAUCAUUGGGGCAUUUUUCAUUUUGGGAGACCAGUCGUUUAUCCAUUCAUGUUUGCCUUUAUUUGGACAGAUAGCUGCUAUCCUCAAUAAGCUGAUAUUACAGCUACUUUUUAAUAGCUAGUUUCUUUUUUUCUAUGUUUGUGUGUUUUAUACUAUAUAUGUAUAUACAACGCACUUUUUUUGACAAACUGCCAAUGCAAUAUGUAGGCUUCUCUUGUAUGUACUGAUAACGGUAUGGCACAUAGUAUGUGGGGAAAACAUACAUUCAGUGUGGUUAAAAUUUACUGUAAAACUUAUAUUCCGUCCUCAUGGUACUCUAUGUGUAAUGGGAGUCAUAUAUUUAAUGUACAGAUAUAUAUAUUACUUAAAAUAUGUAUUUUGCCACUUAUCUUUUUAGUGGAGUGAGACUUUUGUAUGGUUUUUAAUGUUUUUGUUUAACUUGUAUAAUUGGAGAUCAUAAGGCUUUAUUCUCAAUAAAGCAAAGCCUAUUUACAUUUAUAUUUAAUUUACAGCAUUUUGUUUGUUUGAAGUAUAUGACUUUUGGUA